AUGGCUGACUAUUGUAGUGAACUUCUUCAAGUUCUUUCCACUCAUGAAGAUGAUAAAAAAUUAUCUCAAUUGCUUGUUUAUCUCUUCUGGUUCAUAUGGAAGGCCCGAAAUGGUCUUGUCUUUGAACAGCAAUCAUGGACAUUUCAGGAGAUUAAUGCCAAGGCAGAAUUGGCUCUCAAUGAAUUUCUUGUCUCUAAUCUAGAUGACAGUCCAUUUCCUAAUAAUCCAAUUGUUAGACCUCCACAUUGGCUUCCUCCUCCCUUGUCAGCAAUUAAAAUCAAUUUUGAUGCUUCGGUUGACAUUAACAGAAACAUGGGCUCUUUGGCAGCCAUUGUCUGCAAUGUUUCAGGGAAAAUUCUCGGCUGGUUUUGCAAAAGACCGAAAGGAAUCACUGACCCAACUAUGUUGGAAGCAAUGGCUUGUCGUGAAGCCAUUUUGUUGGCCAAAAACAAAGGGCUCCCGAAUGUUGUUAUUGAGGGUGAUGCUAAAGCUAUUAUUUCUUAUGCUAAUGUUAGCGCGGUACCCUUAGUUCUUCAAGGCAUUUUCCAUGAUACGGCUUUGUUAUCUUCUUCUUUUUCUCCUGUUAGUUUUACUUUUGCUAGUAGGAAGUGUAAUUGUGUUAGCUAA